UUCUUCCUUUUUUUUAAACUGCUUGCAUUAUAUCUUAUGAGGUCAUCAACAGCAGCAAGAAGGAAAGCUAACAGCCUACCACCAUCCACUCUCCUUCCCCCCACCAUCUUUCUUACCAAAUCUCUUCUAGAAGCCUAAAAUUAACUCCCCACCUUUCUCUCUCUCUCUCAGUCAAACUCUUAUAUAUCUCGUCCCACUUCCAAUCUCAUCAAUUGGUGCUAAGAAAGAGAGGAAGAAGGCUGGUUCGCCAUGGGAAGGUCUCCUUGUUGUGAGAAAGCUCACACCAAUAAAGGCGCUUGGACUAAGGAAGAAGAUGAGCGCCUCAUCGCUUAUAUCAAGGCGAACGGCGAGGGUUGCUGGCGAUCUCUUCCGAAGGCUGCAAGCCUACUUCGAUGUGGAAAAAGUUGUCGUCUUCGGUGGAUCAAUUACCUCCGCCCUGAUCUCAAGCGCGGGAACUUCACCGACGAGGAGGACGAGCUCAUCAUCAAACUUCAUAGUCUUCUUGGAAACAAAUGGUCGUUGAUAGCAGCGCGGCUACCAGGGAGGACGGAUAAUGAGAUAAAGAACUACUGGAACACCCACAUCAAGCGAAAAUUGGUGAAUUUGGGGAUAGAUCCUGCGACGCACCGCCCUCUCCAUGAGGCACAACAGAACAACUCGAUUUCUUUCUUUAAAGCUGGAAAUAACAAAGCCGUGGAGUUUGCUAAGCGAGAGGAAGGCAGAAAUAAGAGCAGCAGUAGCAGUAGCAGCAGCAGCAGCAGUAACAGUAGCGAAAAGAUGCUUAUGUGGCGGCGGUCCGAGGAGGAGAAGACGAAGUGGCGAUGCCCGGACUUGAAUCUGGAGCUCAGCAUAAGCCCUCCUUAUGAGAAAAAGGAGGAUUUUUUUGACUACGAGGUUUUGAAUAGGGAUCCAUUGAUUGGUCUUUGUUUCAGCUGUAAACUUGGUGUUAAGAACAGCUCUGAAUGCAAGUGCGGUGGCGUCUUUCUUGGAUUUAGUAGAGGAGUGUUAGAUUAUAGAAGCCUUGAAACUAAUUGAGAGGAUUUUUUUUUUAAUAAUUUUUUUUUUAGUUUAGGAAUGAGAGAACUCAAUCUCUUCUGCCUUAUUUGUAUAAUUAUUGGCAUAUAUAUUAUCUAUGUUCCUA